GCGCCCUUGGUAGAGCUGGGGAUUUUCACCUUGGUGCAUGGCUCUUGGAGCUCGUUAAGAUCGGGGUGGGUGGGUGGGUGGGUGGUGGAUUUACAAGCACGUGUAACAAACGAGACGACUUUGUGCUUCUUUGAGGAUCUGAUUCUUGCUUUUCUUCUCUUUCCCAGCCAAAAGCCAUCAUGGUUCACCUUGGGCAGUACCUCAUGAAACACUACCACAAGUCUCAUCUCGUUAUCCGCUUUGCCCUCGGUGGCUGUGCCAACAGGCCUUACUACCGCAUUGUGGUUGCGCAGAACAAGCGGGCCCGUGAUGGCAAGUACGUGGAGCAGCUUGGCUGCUAUGAUCCACUCCCAAAUGACCAUGAUGAGAAAAUUGUUGGCUUGAACUUCGAGCGAGUUAAAUACUGGAUCGGCUGUGGGGCCCAGUACAGCAAGCCUCUUCAAAAACUUCUCGGACUCUGUGGAUUCCUCCCCCUGCAUCCCAUGACUGUCACAAAUGCAGAACGGAUCAAAAGGCAGCGAGCUCGAGAGGCUGCUUCAGUUACUGAGGCUGCUUCAGUUGCUGGGGAAGAGAAGACGGCUGCAAAAGAGUGAAGGCCAACUGGAGAACAGACUGUGUUGAUUCCUUCAAGGACUUUUUCUCAUGACCAGCAAGUGCAUAGAAGCAACUUGAAUUCCCAAGAUUAAUUAAAACUUCUUUCUGUGCACCAUU